ACCUUACAACAUCAUUUUUCUUAAUGUCAUUCCAUGGCUUCUUCUACGUCUUCUAAAGCCUCCCUUUUUCUCUUAGCAACAAUCUUAUUCUUCUCAAAUGCUUGUGCUAUCAGCAACCCCUCCAAUGCAGAAAACCUCAAUGCAUUGAAAUCCUUUUGCAGAACCACACCAUACCCUGAAGUUUGCUUCAACUCAUUGAAGCUAUCAAUCUCUAUAACCAUAUCUCCAAGCAUACUCAACAACCUCCUUCAGUCUCUCCAAGUAGCUAUAUCAGAAGCCACAAAGCUAUCUGAUCUUUUCAACAAUGCUGGAAACUCAAACAGCAUCAUAGAGAAUAAAAUAGGAGCAGUUCAAGACUGCAAGGAGCUCCACAAACUCACAUUGUCUUCUCUGAAACGCUCUCUAUCCGCAAUCCGUUCGCAGAACUCGAAGGACUUGGUUGAUGCAAGAACAUACCUUAGUGCAGCGUUAACCAACAAAGAAACGUGUUUAGAAAGCAUGGAGUCAGCUUCUGGUACCCUUAAGCCAACUCUUGUGGAUUCUGUGACCAACACUUUCAAAUAUGUCAGCAACACUCUCUCAAUGCUCCCUCGUAAGCCUGAUAUGAAGAAGAAGCAGAAGAAGAGCACUCCAAAGUGGUUUUUUUCAAAAUCAGAUGAUGAAGGGUAUGAUCCUAGUGAAGUGAUUGUUGUGGCUGCAGAUGGGAGUGGGAACUUUAGCACUAUCAAUGAAGCUGUUGACUUUGCUCCAAGUAAUAGCUUUGACAGGACAGUGAUAUAUGUGAAAGAAGGGUUAUACGAGGAGAAUGUGGAGAUUCCAAGUCAUAAGACCAAUAUUGUUUUGCUUGGAGAUGGAAGAGAUGCCACUGUCAUCACUGGUAACAGAAGUUUUGUUGAUGGCUGGACUACUUUUAGAUCUGCCACUCUAGCUGUGUCUGGGGAUGGUUUUCUGGCUCGAGACAUAGCAAUUGAGAACAAAGCGGGGCCAGAGAAGCAUCAAGCAGUUGCACUGAGAGUUAAUGCAGACUUGACUGCAUUCUACAGAUGUUCAAUCUAUGGCUAUCAAGACACACUCUACACUCACUCCUUCAGACAAUUCUACAGAGAAAGCGACAUAUAUGGCACCAUAGACUUCAUAUUCGGAAACGCGGCAGCGAUCUUUCAAGGCUGCAACAUUGUUUCACUAAUGCCAAUACCCGGCCAGUUUACGGUUAUCACCGCGCAAUCACGAAGUAGCCCUGAUGAGGACACAGGGAUCUCAAUCCAGAACAGUUCAAUUGUAGCAAGCACUGAUUUGAGUUCAAAUUCGACGAUGGUCAAGAGUUACCUUGGGAGGCCAUGGAGGGUGUAUUCUCGCACUCUGUACAUAGAGUCGUACAUUGAUAAGUUCAUUGACCCGUUGGGAUGGACAAAGUGGAACAAUAAUAAUGAUGGUGAUACUGAAGGGCUUGAGACUCUGUAUUAUGGAGAGUAUGAGAAUUAUGGGGGUGGUUCAGACACUCGUAACCGUGUUGAUUGGCCAGGAUUCCAUUUGUUGGAUUACAAUGAUGCUUAUAACUUCACUGUUUCGGAGUUCAUUGCAGGUGAUGCUUGGCUUGGUUCUACUUCUUUUCCGUAUGAUGAUGGGAUUUGAACUUCUUUUGCUGCAGAAGCAUUUAAUAUCCUAUUACAUUGUCCUGGGAUACAUGAACAAGUAAUGCACGAAUGAGUAAGAGAUAUCUACAAUAAUGUUUUUGCUGUGGUUCGAUGCAUAUGGUGGAUCUUCUCCUGUUACAGUGACACUCUUCCAUACUUGUAAUAAGGAGGAGUCUAACUCAUAAGUCAUAACCCCUUCACAUGCUUCAUGCUUGCUGAACUACCCAUAGGCCCAUAUAUUUGUUACUUUGGCAUCUUAAUAUUUCCAUUAUUAAGAAGGAUACUAAGAUAAAGUUGUUUGAAAACAUUUUGUUUUAAGGAUGUUUACGUGUCACAAAAAUCUG